CCAGCAACUUCAGUUGCACCAAAACCAAACCCCAAAAAACAGGGCUCUCCUACUUUCCCUCUGUUCAUAACAAAACCAGAGGUUCAAUCACCUCUUCUCUUCCUAAAGACUUCCUUCCCUUUUUGGCUUCUCAGGUAACCUGUCCAAUGCAAGCUUUUUUCUUGCCACAUGGGAAAAUAUUGGUACUUUAAAAUAAUACACUUGACACAUCCUUACUACUUUCUUCUCCAGGAUGUUGGCGCAGAUUCUUGCGGUGCUGUUGAUCGGGUUGCUGGCAUGGGCUUUAAACAAGUCCCUGCGCCCGCCGCCUCCCAAGAUUUGCGGAACCCCCGGCGGGCCGCCGGUGACCGCAACUCGGAUGAAGCUGAGGGACGGCAGGCACCUCGCUUACCAGGAAAAUGGCGUCCCCAAAGAGGAAGCCGAGCACAAGAUCGUUUUCGUCCACGGGUUCACCUCUAACCGCCUCGACCCGAUGAUCGUCACCAAUCUUUCCCCGGAAGCUGUCAGAGAGCUGGGGGUUUACGUUGUGACCUUUGAUCGCCCGGGUUACGGAGAGAGCGACCCGGAUCCGAACCGGACUCCCAAGAGCUUGGCUCUGGAUAUUGAAGAGCUUGCCGAUUACUUAGGCCUCGGAUCGAAAUUCUACGUGGUGGGUAAAUCCAUGGGCGGCCAAGUUGUUUGGGGCUGCCUUAAGUACAUCCCUCACAGGCUAGCAGGAGCAGCGCUAGUCGCCCCUGUGAUCAACUACUGGUGGCCGAGCUUCCCUGCAAAGCUAGCUAAUGAAGCUUACAAGCUUCAGCUUCCUCAGGACCAAUGGGCACUGCGAAUUGCCCAUUAUGCACCCUGGCUAACCUACUGGUGGAACACACAGAAACUGUUCCCUUCAUCUGCCGUCAUCGCCAGGAGACCUGAGACUCUCUCCCGUCAGGAUCUCGAACUCGUUUCUAGAUACGGAGAAGGCCGAUAUCUCAAGGAAGUGGCGACCCAACAGGGAGCGUACGAGUCACUGCACAGGGACAUGAAGAUCGGGUUCGGGAAAUGGGAAUUCGACCCAAUGGCGAUGGAGAAUCCGUUGCCCAACGACGAAGGGAAAGUUCAUCUGUGGCAAGGGGAUGAGGACAAGAAAGUGCCGGUGGAUUUGCAGCGUUUCAUUGCUAAGAAGCUGCCAUGGAUUCAGUACCACGAGCUGCCAGGUGCCGGGCACACCUUGCAUUACGUUCCUGGAAUGAUCGAGGGAGUUCUCAGAGCUCUGUUGGUUGGGGAAGAAGGCAAGUAGCAAGAGACUCGUUCGUAUGGUGGAUUGUGUCAGCAAAUUAAAAUAGAUGAAUUUCUGAUCUUUGGUCGUCGGAGAAUUGAAGAAGCAUAUAGUGAUGUAUCAUAUGGGACUUUAAAGAUCGGUCAAGUAAAGAUGUAAUUUGGUGGUUGGUCGGUAUAUUUUGCUUUUAAGUGAUAAAUGUAACUAAAUUAACUCUUUAAAAAAACAAAUUAUAAAAUACUAUUUUAUAGAGUCACAUCACAAGCAGUGAAUCUUUUGUAAUUAGCCAUAGUUUGGAAGAGUUUUUGUGCUAUUAAGGUCGUUUGCUUCAUGGAUUUGAAAUAUGAGGGUUUUGGUAAAACCUGAGUUUUGAAAAACCAUGGAUAUAUGAUGGAUUUGGUGGCAUCAUGGAUUUGAACAAGUCUAUUGUUUGCUUGUUGGAUUUGAUAAUGGAUUUUAUUUGAUUAGAUUUGUGGAUAUGAAACACAAAUUACCUUGUUACCCUUAUGUAAUUAUAUUUUCAUUAAAAACAAAUCUAAUGAUACAAAGUAACCGAACUUCUAUUUUGUGAAUUCAUUCAAUUACAAAUAUAGAAAUGCAUAAUAGUUUGGACAUGACACUACUCCCUAAUUUUUGGAUCUAAUUGUCGAUCUAGCAAUAAUGCACAAGAUGAGCAAAAAGUGUUAGAAAUAUCAAUAGAGGAGUAAAUAGAAGACUCAGUAGACGAAGAUGUGAAAUUCAACCACAAUUGAAAAUGUCCCGAUUUUUUGGUCAAACUCGAGCACCACGCUUAAUCAAAAAUUUCAUCCCGAAAUUCACAUUUUAUGCGAGAAAUUAAUGUUAAACAAGCCCAAAAAAAAAAAAAGAGACAAGGAGAAACAAACGUGAGAGUCCUUUAUCAUUCAUUGCUCUAUAUGAAAAACUGAGGAUGGAGAGUUCGAGGCCCCCACCGGAGAAGAAGGAAGGGUAGAUUAGUCAUUAGGUAAAAUAAGUAGGGAUAAACUAAUAAAAUGCCAUCAUGGAUUUAAAUCCAUCACCCAAUUCCCACCUCCAUAGGUGGAACUUCCAAAGUCCGUGGGGUCCACAGAUUUGGACCUCCAAACUCUGUGGGCCCCACAGAUUUACUCCCUCAAAUUCCAUCAAGCAAACAAUAGACUUUUGUUAAAGUCCAUGAUAAAUGCAAGUCCAUCACCAAAUCCAUCAACAAAACCUUGAAGCAAACGACCCGUAAAGUUAUAAUAAAUUAGCUUAUUACAAUUGAGCCCAAAUUAAUGGAUAUUUGAUCUAAAUUGACCCCUUUAAAAAUCGAAGCGUCAUUAUUCGCCCAUAAUGAUUAAUACAUUUUUCUUUCCCAAAUUAUCUUUUCAUUAUUUUUCCCUUCGCAUAUCGCUCUUGUUUACAGUCGUUUACCUGUUUUCUUCGUGGUGUCGGGCUUGCAAAUUAUUUUGGUUUUUAUGCAGGGUUCUAUGCUCACCCAUUUUAUUAUUUUGCCUCCGUGUUGGUAACUUUUUCCUUAUCUUAAUGAUCUUUCCUUCACUUAUUAAUCACGCUUACGAUCGUUGUACCGUUUUUUCCUUUUUUGUGUCGGGCUUGAAGAUGGGUUUUGUCAAUGUUGUCAGAACCGAACCGUCGUAUGAACCGGUAUGGUAAGCUAUUCACAUUUUAUUGGUUUAACCGUUAUCAAGCCCCGUUAUCGAACCGGUGUCUAAGAAAUAGAAUUAUUAUAA